GACCCCUGUCCUAUUCUGAUCUGCCUCUCCUCUCUCGGCGCGAGAUAAGGAACCGGACCGCGACGACCCUAAAUCGGUGGAUUCGUCUCAGGAUGGAGGUAAAGACGGCAAUCUUACGACUACGGUUUCGGUUAUGGAAAAAAAGAACGCCGACGAGGUCUUGUCGGAGACAAAGAGUCCGACGUCAUAAUGGGUAGUACCGGCAGGUUGCUGGACUGGGUCUCCAACUGAUGGGCGAUGAUUGGGUUUUCAUUUGAUUAGGGUCAUUCGUAUUUUGUUUUAUUUUUGUAUCUGUGAG